AUGGUUGCUUUCACUCACCUUGCGCUCGCCAUUUCGGCACUCUCAGGAGUCUUCGCCGCACCCACUGCUGGCCCUGAUGCCCCUGAUUUCAUGAUCGGGCCUCAAGACCUGGACCGCCGCCAGAACUACAACCAAAACUACAAGACCAACGGCAACGUCAACUUCUCGCCUGGCAACAACGGAUACUCGGUCUCCUUCUCUGGCGCCGGAGACUUCGUCGUUGGCAAGGGCUGGACCGCCGGCACUAACAGAAACAUCACCUUCUCGGGCUCCACAACCCACUCCAGUGGAACGGUGCUCGUUUCCAUAUACGGAUGGUCGCGCAAUCCGCUGGUAGAGUACUACAUCCAGGAGUACACCUCGGACGGCAAGGGGUCGGCACAGGGAACUCAGGUCGGCACGGUCGAGAGCGACGGCUCCGUCUACGACAUCUGGAAGCACACCCAGGUCAACCAGCCCUCCAUCGUCGGCACUGCCACCUUCACUCAGUACAUCUCGAACCGUCGCACUGCCCGCCCCGGCAGCGGUACUGUCACCACCAAGAACCACUUCGACGCUUGGGCUAAGCUCGGCUUGAACUUGGGCACUAUGGAUUACCAGGUCCUAGCUACCGAGGGCUGGGGUAGCGCCGGCGGUAGCUCCCAGUACACUCUUUCGACUUGA